CGGCGGGGCUGUGGCGGUGGCGGUGGCCGUGGCCGGGACUGGGCGAGUUGGAGCGAGCGGCGGCGGCGGUACGGCUGCGGCGGCAGCAUGGCUUCGUUGCAAGGGAAGAACGAGCUGCUCUUCGCCGACUGGAUGGCAGCGCUGCCUGGCAGCCUCCACAGCACCCCGCUCACCAACCUGGCCAUCCCCGGGUCUCAUGACUCUUUUAGCUUCUACAUUGAUGAAGCCUCUCCAGUUGGGCCUGAGCAGCCGGAGACGGUCCAGAAUUUUGUGUCAGUUUUUGGGACUGUGGCUAAAAAGCUGAUGAGGAAGUGGCUGGCUACACAGACCAUGAACUUCACCAGCCAGCUGGGGGCAGGUAUACGGUAUUUCGAUCUCAGAAUUUCCACCAAGCCCAGAGACCCAGAUAAUGAACUCUACUUUGCUCAUGGUUUAUUUAGUGCCAAAGUCAAGGAAGGCCUGGAGGAGAUCAAUGCAUUUCUCAUUGAGCAUCCAAAAGAAGUGGUCUUCUUGGACUUCAAUCAUUUCUAUGGGAUGCAGAAAUGCCAUCAUGAAAAACUUGUCCAGAUGCUCAAAGACACAUACGGAAACAAAAUGUGUCCUGCUAUAUUUGCCCAUGAAGUCAGCCUCCAGUACCUGUGGGAGAAGGAGCACCAAGUGCUAGUGUUCUACCACAGUCCAGUGGCUGUCGAGGUAGCCUUUCUGUGGCCAGGCCAGAUGAUGCCAGCUCCCUGGGCAAACACAACGGAUACGGAAAAGUUGAUUCAGUUCCUGCAGGCAUCGAUCACUGAACGAAGAAAGAAAGGCUCCUUUUUCAUAUCUCAAGUAGUGCUGACACCAAAGGCUAGUACAGUGGUGAAAGGGGUUGCAAGUGGUCUCAGAGAAACGAUCACAGAAAGGGCUCUUCCUGCAAUGAUGGAGUGGGUCCGAACUCAGAAAGCAGGAGAAAGUGGUGUGAAUAUUAUCACUGCAGAUUUUGUAGAACUUGGUGACUUUAUCAGCACAGUCAUAAAACUCAACUAUUCUCUGGUUGAAGAUGUUACCAAGGGUUGCCCGUAGAGCUGACUCCCUCGCUUUCUGGCACGAAGGAGUAAAACUUGGAGCUCACUUACAGAUUUGUAAAUACAGAACAGGAUGUUUGCCUGAUCAACUGCCUUGACUGUACAAGGUGGCAAAGACAUGGUUUCCAGUGUGUUGUAGAUCAAAUCACUUCUGCACACACACAACUGCUGACGUCAGCAGGAACUGUGAUUAUGUAAUUGAGUGGCCUCAAAUUCAUCUUCUGGAAUAUAGUCAUGAUAGGAGGAUGGGGAUAUCCUGGCUUUAAGGAAGUGCCUGUGUGCUAUGCAAUACUGCUCAUGUCCUGUGUUGGAACAUAGCUUUAAAUUUGCAGGAAGAGCUUUGAACUUUGCUCCAGUGUAGGUUGGACCUAUCAAAAAAAAAAAAAAAUCCUUAGUAAAAAUUGUGAAUGCCAUAGGCUGAUCAGGAUGGCCUGGCUUGCCCAUGUACAGCGUUCUGCUUUCAGGAGUUGUGGCAGUUUUAAAUUAAAAAAAAAAAAAAAAAAAAAAAAAAACUAUAAUAAUUCGCUGUCCCUGCAGGACCUACUUAGGAAUCUCAACAUUGCCUACAGGUAUGACUCCUGUAUGUUCCCACAGCCAAGUCUAGCUCUCCCUUCAUGGUUUAUAUUAAGAUGCCUGAUGCCAAGAGUAAUUAGGAUAGAGAUGCUAACUAAACACAAGGAGUGUCAACCUUGUGCCUGGCUGGUUGGAGUAGGAUGCCUGCCCUCCAGCAGCACAUUUGCUAUGAGGUCAGCUUCAGUCAGAUCCACCUGAACAGUGACUGAGGGAAGGCACAAGUCUGCUUUCAAAGCCUCUUCAGUUGUCCAGUUAAAAUGCAGCAUCUUCCCACUUCUCUCCUUUGCAUCUGCUCCGUGCUGCUUAUCUGGACUUGUGCGUACACAUCCCUUUACCUGCCAGGUGAAUAUUAGAUAUUUGUCAGCCUCAGCACAUCAUAGCAGCCCACAUGGUCGUAUAAGAUGUUAAGUGUGUGGGGCUAAAAGCUGGAAGUGGGCCUCAUCUAAUGUCCCAGGAUUGUUUAUGAACACACUCCAAGUUAUGCACACACAUCCUCUUGAAGAAGCGUCGCCUUGGCCAAUGAGUAUCUCCUCAGAGGGAGGUGCACUUAGGGGUUUUUUGUUUCUGCAGUAAGAUUGCAUGUACUAAUAUCUUCCUUCAGCCUUUGAUCCUACAAAUGUCAGUUUGAUUGGAAGAAAUUUCUCAAGUAGCUGCAAUUAGUUUUGCUGUGAAGCGGGGAUCCUUAAAGCAGAAUCCUGGAGUUAUGUGUAAUUACUAUUACUGAAAAUAAAAAUAUGUGGUAAAACCCACAAUUUUAAAAAGAAAAAUUGUAUGGGCUUGCCAGGAAAGUUAAGUUUUUGACUGCCUCAGUCAUCAGUAGUUUAGUAUAAUCUAGGUGAUGAUUAUUAGCAUGUUAUUGCCACACUGCCUCCUGACACUGUUCAGGGUCUCUGUACAGAAGCCUUAUUAUUCCCAGUGAGCAUUAAUGCAUUUGAAUGACUUGUCUCAGUUUUGAUGGGAAGGAGGAUUGUGUAACACUGAGAACAUGAAGCUCCCUGUGUGUUGUGCCCACAAAGGUUCACAGAGCUGCACCUUCUCGUUUUAGGAUCUGUUUAAUGGUACUUUAAUAAAUGUUGUGUAAAAAAAAAUGCCUACAGUUCUGUAUAGCAAAUGUGAAUUUUUAUGACAAGAAUGUGUAUUUAGAGUAAAAAAAGGAAUAUAAAAUCCAGUUUCUUUGUAUUCAGUGAAACAUCUAAUAAAGCUCUGGUACCUGUA